AAACAUACUGUACAGACCUCCCAGCUUCGCGUUUAUCCAACUACUCCAACAGCUACUUCGGAAAAGCUUUUUAAAGUCGACUGUAAAAUAUGGAAGGUUUAUAGUGAAGUCUUAUAGUGAAUUAACAGGAUUACACACGCUGGAUACUUUUCGUGACACUCUUUUCCUCUGGACACUUGGACACUCCUUAUUUUUUGUGCGCUGGAUAUUAAUCAAAUUCAGCAGGGAUCCCAGCAAACAUUCCCUGGUGGUUUGUGUGUAGAAAAUGGCAACUGCUCUAAGUGGCCGAAACCCUGGCGGACGUGGACCAAAUCGAAGUAAGGGUCGGAUUUUAGGCAUCAUUGAUGCCAUCCAGGAUGCAGUGGGACCACCAAAGCAAGCAGCUGCCGACCGGCGGACUGUGGAGAAAACCUGGAAACUCAUGGAUAAAGUUGUCCGGCUAUGCCAAAAUCCCAGACUCCAGCUGAAAAACAGUCCACCGUACAUCCUGGAUAUCUUACCUGAUGCCUACCAGCACUUGCGGCUUAUACUGGGCAAAUAUGAAGAGAACCAGAGACUCACACAACUCAGUGAGAAUGAGUACUUUAAAAUCUACAUCGAUAGCCUUAUGAAGAAAUCGAAACGGGCCAUCCGGCUCUUCAAAGAGGGAAAGGAGAGGAUGUAUGAAGAGCAGUCACAGGACAGGAGGAACCUGACCAAGCUGUCUCUGAUCUUCAGUCACAUGCUGGCUGAAAUCAAAGCCAUCUUCCCUGGAGGACAGUUCCAGGGGGACACUUUCAGGAUCACCAAAGCUGAUGCCGCUGACUUCUGGAGGAGAUUUUUUGGAGAAAAGACAAUUGUGCCAUGGAAAGUUUUCCGACAGUGCCUUCACGAACUGCAUCCCAUCAGCUCGGGCCUGGAGGCCAUGGCCCUCAAAUCCACCAUCGACCUCACCUGCAAUGACUACAUUUCUGUGUUUGAGUUCGACAUCUUCACACGCCUCUUCCAGCCAUGGGGAUCAAUUCUGAGGAACUGGAAUUUCCUGGCAGUCACACACCCCGGCUACAUGGCCUUCCUUACCUAUGAUGAAGUCAAAGCCCGACUGCACAAGUACAUCAACAAGCCUGGCAGUUACAUCUUCAGGCUGAGUUGUACACGGCUGGGCCAGUGGGCUAUCGGUUAUGUGACCAAUGAUGGCAACAUAUUGCAAACCAUUCCCCACAACAAACCACUGUUCCAGGCCCUCAUCGAUGGCUACAGGGAGGGCUUCUACUUGUUUCCUGAUGGUCGCAGUUACAAUCCUGACCUCACUGGUUUAUGUGAGCCGACGCCUCAUGAUCACAUCAAAGUGACACAAGAACAGUAUGAGCUGUACUGUGAGAUGGGCUCCACCUUCCAGCUUUGUAAGAUCUGUGCUGAGAACGACAAAGACGUCAAGAUUGAACCUUGCGGUCACCUUAUGUGUACUUCCUGUCUUACAGCCUGGCAGGAAUCAGAUGGUCAGGGUUGUCCGUUUUGUCGUUGUGAGAUCAAGGGCACAGAGCCCAUCAUCGUGGAUCCCUUUGACCCACGAAAUGAGGGCACUAAGUGCUUCUUCCUGGAGCACAGCUGCCAAAUGCUGGAGCUGGAUGAUGAGGAAGACCGAGAGGACUGCCUGGUCAUGAAUGGACUGGCCAACAUCAGGAAGCACUGUGCAGAGCGACAGAACUCGCCCAUGGUGUCUCCCAGCUCUUCACCUGUCAGCCAACACAGGAAAGCCCACGGAGGAGACCUUGGUCACUGCGUUCAGCACCUUGGCCUCCCCCCCGUCCCGCCACGACUCGACCUCAUCCAGAAAGGUGCCAUCCGCUCCCCGUCUGCCAGUCCCACCAGCUCCCCGAAGUCUUCACCAGGCAUGUCCAGGAAGCAAGACAAGCCUCUUCCAGCUCCACCUCCUCCCCAGAGGGACCCACCUCCACCACCUCCCCCUGAGCGUCCUCCCCCAAUCCCCCCAGAGUCACGCCACUCUUGGCUUCCCAGUUCCUCUUCCUUGUCCUCUUCCGUGUCGUCUUCUACUGUCGCACUGUCAGACUCCCAGAUGCCCCCUGAGACACAGUGUACCAAAGACAGCCACUUGGCAGAUUCCCACAUGACUGGAGUCGAACACCAGUUCCUGCUUGGACCUACUGGCCCCUCCCACCUGAACGGAAGGCCACUCAGUUGUCCGUCUGCAGGAUUUGGAAGGUUAAAUCACAGAAUGGAGGGGGCAGGAAACUCGGAGAUCUCCAAGCCCUUUUCUAAUGGCGUGCAAGUCAGCGAGGACUAUGACAUCCUUCCCUCACGCCUCUCACCAACUCAGACCACGCUUGCCAGCAGCCACAAACCCCCCAACCCUUUCAGCAGUCCUGUGGUAGAAAAACAGCAGAAAGUGAUGGAGAGGGUGGAGGAUGAAUAUCAAAACCCUUCAUCCAACCUCUGCCUGAGCCAGGCUCCAAUCUGUAUCUCUGUACCCAACAGGCUGGAGAAUGGCUCCCCAGAGCCUUUCAUUGAGGAGAAGAAACCACAGCCCCCUGAGCCUGGUAGACACUCAGAAUCGGUCAGGGGGUUGGUCCAAGGGCCAGCGCCUACUGCCCUCUUCCCACUCAACACCAACCACUCACCCUCUGACUAUGACAUUCUGCUGCCCCCCCAAGCAUUAGAAGACCCCUUCAACAGCUGCCCUCCUUCCCAGCAUCCUCCUCCCCCCCCCCCUCCUCCUCCUCCACCAGCGCGACACAGCGUUACUGACCUCUCCUCCUCUUCACCAUCCUCAUCCAGCAACUCCUCCACGUCCUCCUCCUCUGUCAUCACACGACCACAUAGGCCCUCCUCUGGACACGAGCAUUUGCUGUUAACCCCCGACACAGUGUUUGAUAUGCUGAACAGUGCUGCUCCUCUGCCUCCAGUCAGACGACACACAGAAAAUGUUAAAGGUUCCAGAGCCUACCUGGAGUACAACCAUUUACCAGGUAGUCAAGUAUCGAUGGACUGUUUGCAGGCCCCCGCCAGGCCACCCAAGCCACUACCCAGGAAGAUCCCUCCAGACAUUCAGCCAGGCAUACCCCACAGCAUGGAGUCAGAGACUGUGGACGCCAAGAUCGCCAAACUGAUGGGGGAGGGUUACUCCUUCGAAGAUGUGAAACGGGCACUGAUGAUUGCCCAGUACAAAGUGGACGUGGCCCGAAACAUUCUGCGAGAGUUUGCCUUAGUUGCCCCAAGACUGAACCUCUAGUCCUAGAGACAGAGAAAGGGGAGCACAACAAUGAAGCUGUGCCUCUGAAUGGACUGAAUAAAAAGGGCUUCUUUAUCUGCUUGGCCUCAGACUGUUGGAAAAAACAAUGAUCAACAGGAAAAAAGAAAUAUUUCAAGGAAGACUUGUCUUUAUUUGCCGAACAGAGAUGACGACACAUAACAAAGUGGCUAAAACCAAAUCACGACAGAACACGGAGAAUCAAAACAGGGAGAAAAGAUAGUCUGUGAAUAUUUUAAACCUGUGAAAAAAAAAAAAGAACCAAACUUGUUGUUUAAAGAGAGCUUUGCCAGUGCUGGCCUCUGGUUUUUCAAAUGCUCCUGUUUAUCUUGGGGCUUGGACUGUAUGCCUGUUUGAAAGCCCUGAUCUUGCUACUGCUGCUACUGUUAAUUUCGCAUCCUGCCAGCCUCCAGACUUUAUUCUGAAGGGCUUUUCCAAAGAGCAAGACAUUUCCAGCUCCUUUCAGCUUAUAUACUCAGCCAGUUAUAAGGGAUCAUUUUUAUUUAGUACCAGUGGGGGGAGCCAGACUCCACUGUUUCUCUUCUCUAAAUAUUGCUCUCUCUCUUUUUGACAGUGUCUCCUGCUUCGCCAGCUUCUUCCUCUUUCUUCCGUUGUGUGGUACUCAUUAUAGAAUACCCCACUGUUUGCCCAGAGUCUGGCUGACUUGUAGGUCUUAACAAUGUCUGGUGAGUCAGGUGUUGUUGGGUGGACACAGAGGAUGCCUUAUUGACUAGCUUGCUUCUCCCAGACCUGGAGAAAAAAUGGGAGUGACAAUGGCAAUGACAGUUCCUGAUGAGCACUCUUGUUAGACUUGGUAUCUUAUUUCAACAAGAAGAGUGAAGCAAGAGAUUCUGGGAGGGUUAGUUAUCGCUCUUUGAUUCUGUUUCCUAGAGCAGAGGAUUAAUCACCUCAGGCCUUUUUUUAAAUUACAUUCUUCACCUGAGGACAGUAAGCCUAUGAAUGUACUUGUUCUGCAUGUGGGAGCUAAACCUUUGUACACUCUGAGCUCCUCUCAGGCCCAGUUUUGCCCUUAGAAGUGGUUUAAAAUGUUCAGUUGUCGUGGAACAUUUUGAAUUCUACAUCAAUUACUCCAUGUCAAAAAACAGAUAAUUGUGCCUGCAUUCCAACUCAAGCAUUUAAAUGACAGGAGUGAACCUGUUUUGUAGAUCAGCAAGCCAGACAUUGUCUGUUAAAACUCAGAGACGAUGCACUCAGCAGCCGUCACACUGCAGUCUCAUGUCUCCUCUUCAAUUACAUACCCAUCAUAUGGUGAAAAUGUCCUCAUUCCCCACAUGUUUGAGAAAUCGCUGUCAAUAUGAUUUGGAAUGAGAGUAACAUGGUAACUCUGAAGCAAUUAUGCAUUUUUAGUCAUGUGAUAUUGUUAUGUAAACACAAUAUAGAUGAACAAUACACUGCACAGCAUUCAAACUAUGUGGCGAAUCAUAUGCAUCUUCACUGUGCACUAUAGGUGCACCCAAGAUAAAACCCCCUUACCUCAGAAUCUGGAAUCAGCUGUUUUUCACCCUAAUGACUGCAAGAUAUCUGACUUAUGCAUAUACUGAAUUUAUGUUGUGUUGUUUUUAUAGCCCCCUUUCCUCCUUUUGGAGUAGUAUGAAAGCUAUUGAUAGAUCUGUGCUAGACCGGCUAUGUUUACAUGGAUGAUAAAACUUGGGUUUUAUCUUCAUACCAUUUUAAAGAUAAUUUCAGAUUAUAAUUUGGGACUUAAUUUCUCUCGUUAUGUGUCAAGAUGAUGUAGUUUUAACUAUGUCAUCUUAACUACUGUAUAUCAAGACUGUAGUAACUUUUAUUAUAUUAACAUUUGAUACAGCUAACUGAGCCAGGCACCUUGACUGUGCAGCAUCUGGGUCUGUGCGUGUUUUUGUUUAUGGGCAAACAAGAGGAAGUCGGAGAGAUCCCACUGUCUCCUUGGACUCCUUCGUGCUGUGAGUUAGUCUAAAGUAUACCAAGGGAUGAGCUGAAUAAACACCAAGAACAAUGCGUAGCAUUGACCCAUCUCAUAUUUCCUGAAGCCAUUGUUAGGCUAUCGAAAUAAAUUUGGAAGAUAUUUUGUAGUUUCUUCAGAGAGAGGCUUUAAUAUGUUGAUUGAUUCAGGUCCCUGUGACUGAGGGUCCUCACAAUACAGAUAAAACAGUGUUUCUGGUCAAAUACUGAAUAGUCUGGCUGCAAAAAUGGAUAUGAAAAGGUUCAGUUGUAACAUCCUGAUGAUACAGCAGGAGGAAAUGAUGAUCCCAGUUCUAAUAAUACAGCUUACUGAAUAUUUUCUGCAUUUUUGCAUAAUGUGAGAGUGUUGAUCCAAACAAGAAAGCACUUGCUUUACUUGAGUGGUGUGUACAUAUGUUGGAAUAAUUCAGGCAUUUUAACAGGUUUCUCAUAAUUAAAAUUUGACCUAAUGAGGCUCUCUUUACCCUUAUUUGAAAUUUACAUCCUUCUAAGGAAAACCAUGUUAUAGUGACCAGGUUAACAAAAGCUUGCUGUUUGCACAUAAACAUUAAUGAGUAUGGCUCUCUGUGCUGCAGAGAGCUAUAUGGUUAUGCAGCACAACCAUAAAAGUAUGUCAACUAAACAAAAACACAUAUAGAAAUGUGUAACUAAACACUUAGAAAUUGCUUAGUCGUCACCUAAGCAGCUUUAUCUACUCCCCUGACAAUGGGAGAUGAAUAUUCUGGACUUGAUUUACAUUCCAACAUUCAUAUGAUGUUUAUAUUGUGACAGUGCUAUUUGAACUGAACCAGAAAAUGUUCUCUGCUCCACAGAAAUAAAUAUGUGAGACUUUUCCAACUGACAGAUUAACCCAUAGUUAAUGUCUGCUUUAUUUCCAGUAGACUGAGACACCACACAUAUAAAUAGGGAAUUCAGAUGUGAAAAUCAGUGGCAUUCCCCAACUUGAAUCUUAAUUUUUGCACUGGUCUGUUUUUACUUUUAUUUUCUUAAGCUUGAACAACUCUGAGCUCAGAAUUUUCCAUUCCAUUGGACUCUCUGGUAAAGGGGGUAAGUGGCCUUAGGUUGCAAAGGGCAAUUUUUAUUUUCUAAUUCCAUAUUCAUAUUCAUAGUAAUGUGCUCUAGUAACAAAAAAUGUGUUGAUAAUAUGUAAAGCAUAGAGUAAUGUGCAAUUAAUUUAUACAUUAUUAUUGCUUUUUUUCUUGAUGUGCUAUUUUCAUGGAUAAGUAAAUAAAAA